AUGUCUUCAAACAAAUUCUUCAGAAUUGUUCACCAGUCUAACAAAAGCAGAGCUCGUGUUGGUGAAAUUAUCACUGCACACGGAAUUAUCGAAACCCCAAACUUUGUGCCAGUCGGAACGAAUGGAACACUGAAAGGAAUUGACAAUUUUACUGCAUCAAAAAUGUUAGAUGUUCAACUCAUGUUUUGCAAUACCUAUCAUUUGAUGAUAUAUCCUGGAAUUGAUGCCAUAGAAAAUGCUGGUGGGUUACACAAAUUUAUUUCUAGAGAUAGGCCCAUCAUUACAGACUCAGGUGGAUUUCAAGUAUUUUCACUUCAAACAGUCUAUUCAGAAAACUCUCAAGAUUCUAAACAAGAAAAAGUGGAACUCAAAGGUCAAUCAAAAAACAAAUGCUACACAGAAAGUCUCGUUAAAAAAGUCACUGAAGAUGGUGUAACUUUUCGAUCCUAUCGAGAUGGUAAACUCUUAAAAUUAACCCCUGAAGAAAGUGUCACAGCUCAACAUCGAAUGGGUUCAGAUAUUAUAAUUCCUUUUGAUGAAUUACUUCCAGAACAUGUUCCAAUGAGUGUUGUUGAAGAAUCUUUAGAGAGAACUCACCGAUGGGAAUUACGUUCUUUGGAAUGUCACAAAAAACUAGCAAGAUUGAAUCACAAAAAUCAACACAUGUAUUGUGUGCUGCAUGGUGGGACGAAUUUUGAAUUGAGGAAAAAAUCAAUGGAUGUCUUAUUGGAUGAGUCGUGUUUUCAAUUUAGAGACUCUGAGGAUGGAUUACCAAAUGGUUUCGAAGGUAUUGCCAUUGGUGGAAGUUUGGGAUCAAAUCGUUCAGAAAUGCUUAAUGUUCUCAAAUUUACCUAUGAUUACAUGGAUAAGAAGAUACCGACGGGAUGUGCAGUACCAAAUCAUAUUCUAGGAAUUGGUGACAUUGAAUCAAUUAAUUCAUUCAUAGACAUUGGAUUUGACACUUGUGAUUCAGCAUAUCCGACAAGAUAUGCUCGUCAUGGUAAUUUCAUUGUUCAUGCUGCUUCUGGUUUCCCAUCAUCGUUUUCAAUUAGAAAUUCAAAUCAUUUGAAAUCUCAUGAUCGACCAAUCGAUGUGACAUGUGAUUGUCCUGUUUGUUUUGGACCUGGGGCUUAUUCUAUUGCAUAUUUACAUCACUUGUUCAAGAUGAGCGAACCCAUCUAUAUCACUCUCGCUUCUAUUCAUAAUGUAAGGCAAAUGAUGAUUUGGAUGGAAACCAUUCGAAAACGAAUAAAAAAUAAUGAAAUAUAA